AUGAUCUCGCAGUUUUACAUUCUGUCCCUGCGCGGCGACACCAUCAUCACGCGAGACUUCCGCGGUGAUGUCGUGAAGGGCACUGCGGAGAUUUUCUUCAGAAAGGUAAAAUUCUGGCACGGCGACGCUCCUCCAAUCUUCAACUUGGAUGGUGUCACCUAUGUCUUCAUCAAGAAGAAUGGAUUGUACUUCGUGGCAACUACAUGUCAUAACAUCUCCCCGGCUGCCGUGGUGGAGCUCCUCACGAAGAUGGCGAAGGUCUUUAAGGACUUUUGUGGGAUGCUCAACGAAGAGAGCAUAAGGAAAAACUUUGUGCUCGUGUAUGAGCUUCUCGAUGAGAUGGUGGAUUUCGGCUAUCCGCAGACGACGAACACGGAGCACCUGAAGUCCUGCAUCCAUAAUGAGGCAGUCGUCAUAGAGGCGCCAAAGCUUGGCCUCAAUCUGCCCCAGUGGAAUCCACGCACGGUGCCCAGCAAUGCCGUCCACAGGCCAGUCGGUCCGACGCAUGAUGCCAAGAACAAGAAGAAUGAGAUCUUCGUAGACAUCUUGGAGAGAAUCUCGGUUCUGAUGAGCUCGAACGGUUUUGUCAUCAAUAGUGCGAUUGACGGCAGCAUCCAAAUGAAGUCGUAUUUGAUGGGCAAUCCAGAACUCAAGCUGGCCCUAAACGAGGACAUCGUGGUCAAGAAUAUGGAUUUGGGUGGCAGCCACGGAGGAUAUGGUUCCGUGAUCCUGGAUGACUGCAACUUCCAUGAGUGUGUGGACUUGCAGGACUUCUCCGAUCUUCGAACACUUUCCUUCUACCCGCCGGACGGCGAGUUUGCAGUCAUGAACUACCGCAUCACUGGCGAUUUCCGCGUGCCCUUCAGGAUAUUUCCUUUCGCAGAACAACAGACACCACACAAGCUCGAGAUCACCAUCAAGGUCCGAGCCGACAUCCCCGAGUCGAACUACGGCGGCAACGUGCAGAUCUCUUGCAUGCUGCCUAAGACAUCCGCAUCGGUCUCAACCGAGCUUGCCGUGACGACGGGGCAGUCGGCAGAGUACCUUGCCAGCGAGCAUCGAUUGUUGUGGAACAUCAAGAAGUUCCAGGGCGGGACAGAGGCUGCCAUCAAGUGUCGCGUGACACUUUCCGCACCUGUCUCCAAUGUCCAGAACAUUAAGAAGGAGGUGGGCCCCGUGUCGCUAACAUAUGAGAUCCCGAUGUACAACGUCUCGAACCUGCAGGCGCGACUUGCCACGACUUGCCGUUGCAGAGAGAAUUCGAGGGGUGCACAGCAGCGCCCCCGCCAGCUGCCAGCUGCCAGCUGCCUGCCAACAGGUGUGCAACUGCUCGCAGCCUGCUCAAGGCAAGUGAGAUCCGAAACCACGGAAGCGCCGCCUCGCCAUGGGCCGCCUCUUCUGUCUUCUCGCUCUUGGCUUCGCCUGUGA